AAAUGACCCCGUAUAAACCAAAAGAACGUUAGAAUGACCAAAUGGUUAUAUUCAUAAGAUAUCACGUUGAUACAAGCUAUACACUCAUCAAAACUGUGGUUAUUUAUAUUGGAAUGUCUUAUUUUAUUUGUCGGUCUGUAGGAAGCAAUACGCAUGUAAUAUUGUGCAGUUUGCUUUUAUGUUAUCCUCAUUGCACAGGGCAUAUCCAGAUUAUAUUCAAAUGAAACAAUACCAUUCUACUUUAACCCUGUUAUCCAAAAGAAAUCAAAUACCGAAUGAUUGAGCUUCUUGUGUGAAACUUCUUAUUUAGCUGGGGUGUGGGGGUUCUAGUGUCAAAACUUUCAAGAUUAAUGGAUUACUUUGUUAAUGACUCGAGGCGUCACAUGUAGGUGCUUAUUUGAUUCGUGAGGUGCAAGGCGUUCUUCUGACAGUCUUAAACAAUACAUGCAGUGGAGAAGAAGCAGAAGGGAAGAGUACCAGCUGCUGACACUGAAGAUUAAAAAUAUGUAAUGUUAUAUUACUGCAAUGAAAAACUGCUCAAAAUGUGUAAAUAAAACAGCACUACCCUAGAACGAGGCGUUCCUUGCAUGCUUUUUUGGAUCAAUCACGCAGACAGUGGCUUCUUUUGAUUAAACCCCAAAUUGUCAUUGGGCAGAAGUAAUCAUGUGACAACCAAUUCGGUCCAAUUUCAACCUUGUCUCCAUGAAUUCAAUAGUUUAAUAGUAGCGCGGUCCCCAUACGGCUGUAAUCAGUGAAUUAGAAAAAAACACCACCGGCGAUUUUUAUGAUUUUUGUCUGGGCCACAAAACAUAAAAAUAAGAGCUAACUUUCUAAAGCUCUGAGGAGAAGGAAAUGAAUUACGGAUUUGAGCGAGAGACUGGUUUUAUCAAUAGUCAGCCGUCGCUUGCUGAGUGCCUGACAUCUUUUCCCCCUGUCGGUGAUACAUUUCAAAGUUCAUCAAUCAAGAGCCUGUCGCUUUCACACUCGACACUGAUUCCACCUCCUUUUGAACAGAGCAUUCCAAGCCUAAACCCAGGCAUCCACCCUCGCCACAACCGGCCAAAACAGAGCCCAAAUGGCAGCAGCCCUUCACCGACCGCCGCUCUGCCGCCGGAGUACCCCUGGAUGAAGGAGAAAAAAGCUUCCAAGAAAAAUCACCUGCCGACUUCUUCAGCAACAGCCAGUUCAACAGAACCUCUUUGCUUCCCCCCAAAAGAUUCGCCUGAGAUUCUGGAUAAUGUUGGUGGAGGAUCACGGAGAUUAAGAACCGCGUACACCAACACUCAGCUCCUGGAACUGGAGAAGGAAUUUCAUUUCAACAAGUAUCUGUGCAGACCAAGAAGGGUGGAGAUUGCAGCUUUGCUAGAUCUGACUGAGAGGCAAGUAAAGGUGUGGUUUCAGAACCGGAGGAUGAAGCACAAAAGGCAGACUCAGUGCAAGGAAAACCACAACGGCGAGGGCAAAUUUAAGAACCCGGAGGACAGCGCGCACAGUGAGGAGGAGAAGACUCUUUUUGAGCAAGCCCUAAACAAUGUCUCCGGCGCCCUUUUGGAAAGAGAAGGUUACACAUUUCAACAAAAUCCCCUGACUCAACAACAGCCACAGAAUGUGCACAAUGGAGAACCCCAAAGUUUCACUGUGUCGCCUUUAAGCAGCAAUGAGAAAAAUCUGAAACAUUUUCAGCACCCGUCACCCACUGUUCAGAACUGCCUCUCAACAAUGGCCCAGAACUGCGCAGCUGGCCUGAACAAUGACAGCCCGGAGCCCCUGGAUGUCUCUUCCUUACAGGAUUUUAACGUUUUCUCGACAGAUUCCUGCCUACAUCUUUCAGAUACACUUUCUCCCAGUUUGCCAGGAUCUCUUGACAGCCCUGUGGACAUUUCUACUGAUAGUUUUGAUUUUUUCACAGACACACUCACAACAAUCGACUUGCAACAUCUGAACUAUUAAAAAAAAAAACGUAUCUUUUCCUAUUAACCUGAUUUGGUUUAUCUCCCUUUCCUUUGACAUGGUCAGUACAUUUUGUUGGCUAAUUAAUUCCAAAUGUAUUCAUAUCCAAACUA